GUGCGCGGGUAGGAGCGAGACGGGCCGCCGGGCGAGCGAGCGAGACGGCGACAAGCCGCACACGGCGAAAUGGGAGACGAAGAAAUGGCGCUGGUGCCAGAUGUCCAGUAUGGUUUGUCGUCGCACGGCAAUUUCGACGAGCGCAAGUCCCUGAUAUUCGUCAAGCUCACCGACUCGUCGCAACGUGCCAUCGUGGAGUACCUCAAGAUUAAGAAUAAGAGCAGCGAGAAACCUAAAAUACAGUUCCUAGGAAAUGAAGGGCAUCUCAUCCUUCCAUGCAUCGACGGAGUGUCCAGAUUCACCUUCAGCCUCUCCAGCAGCCUGGACAUGGAGGGUUCCCAGGGUAGCCUCGAGUGUGCUCAACAGACCGGCCCUAAGAGCCUCGAGAGCCUCGGCGCUAUACCGUACAAGAUGCGGAUACGGGCAAACGAUGACGUUUACGAGACCACCAGGCACAGAAUGGCGGUCGCCGAGGAGAAUAACAAGAACAAAUGCACGAGGGUGAUCAAGGCGAACGGUCCAGAUAUCGGACGCAAGGUGAAAGUGAAAGGAAGGGCAGUACCUCCUCCGUCAUCGUACGCAAGGCAUCGGGAAUCUACGACGAGCAUUCCAAUUUCCGGCAGUAGUCAGCCCAAAGCUUCAACCAACAAGCCGAUCGCUAAUAUUAGUAGUAAUAAUAAUAGUAGUAACCACCUAGCGGCGGCUCGUAAUCUGGAGAAAAAACUUUCCGACAUUAUGCGCAGGCCACUUAAGGAAAGGCUUAUCCACGUCCUUGCAUUGAGGCCGUACAAGAAGCCCGAACUCUACGAACGCAUCACCAAGGAGGGCCUGAGGGACCGAGAGCGAUCCAUCAUGACGACGAUCCUGAAGCAAGUGGCUUACAUGCGUGACAACACGUAUCACCUGAACAGGCACAUCUGGAACGACGUGCAGGAGGAUUGGCCUUUCUAUACCGAGCAGGAGAGGACAAUGCUGAGGAGGCGGAAGCCUCAGAACCUCACGCCACCUGGCUCGAGCGACGGUGGUUCCAGUGGCAGCGGCCAGUCGCCCAAUUCCAUUCAUGCGGGCUCACCGCCGGCGAUCACAGCACCGCCGCCCGUGGCUAAUAGUAAUAAGAGACCAGGAUACUACCAGGGUAGCGACGGAUUACCGACGAAGAAACCGCGGAUAUCGCACUACAGGAGACCCGAACCCAUCUCCUUCAUCCCCGCCGGCGAAAGGGUGUCUGGCAGAGGCAGUUAUAGUAAUAACAACAGUGGUGUUAGUGCAACCGCCGGUGGCGACCGUACCGUCGAUCGUACCAGCGUUAACAGUGGUUGUGGUAGCAGCAAUAGUAGUGGUGGUGGUGGUGGUGGUGGUGGUAGUAGUAGUAGUAACAACGGCGGCUACGAAUUGAGUUGGGAAUUGAGGCAGCAAUCGCAGCGUGAACGUAGCAGCACCAGCGGCAGCCGCGUUGAUUACCGGGCCGAAAGGACAGCAAACAGUGACGUACUGCGAGGUACUGGGAACGUCUACAGCGAUAUCUCCGUCGCCGCGGUUUCAAGCGGUUCCAAUCGAUCAUCGUGCUUCACACCGUUGUCACCUGAGGAUAGUGAAAGGGGCAACCACCCCGAACAUGGACACGACGGUGGUGUCGUUAUAGGAAUGGGCAGCUUGAUCGACGUACACGCUGAUAGGAGAGACAGGAGCGAUAGGAGUCGAGGCGCGAGGGAAGAGAGAAGUAGAGAGAGGGAAUCCAGGAAUAGGAAUAGCGCAGCGAGUAAUGCGGCGAUCUACGGUGAGGCCUCUAACAGCGCUCCUACUUACGCCGAUAACGCCAAUGGUACUGCCGCGGUCUUGCUGCCGACCGAUGCCUUCGAAAGGCUGGAAAGCGCCGAACAAUAUCUCGACUGCCGCACGGAAUAUACAACAAUAACCAACCCGGAGCAGAAGAGGCGUUACAAAGAGGAGUUUUACGCCAACUACGAUGAAUAUCGCAUGUUGCACUCCGAAGUGCUCGUAACCGCGAAUCGCUUCAGGCAAUUGCAUCAACUGUGGCAGGAUCAAAAGAAAGCGGGCAACGUGAUGGAGAGCGAGGAAACCAAGGAACAGAUAUUUCGCGAGUACAAGGAGACUAAGCAGAAUCGAAUAUAUAAGCAGAGGAAGGAACGGUUCGAUUAUCUGCACAAUAAGCUGAGCCAUAUAAAACGACUGAUCUUAGAAUACGACAGUGAGAACCCCGGCAGAAUGUCGGACAUUGAUAGUGGUAUUGGCAUCAACUCCACGAGUAACAGCAGCAGCAACAUUGGGGGCAUCGAUAAUCGGCAUUACUGACAUAAGCUGAAAAAACCGCCUCUUAUUCCUUCUCUCUUCCUCGGUACUGUCAACGUUGCCGUAGAAACUGCAUUUUCACGGCAAGUUCUAAGGCUGAUCUUUCACGGUCCACAUGGUUCCUGUGCUCCAUCGCCGAAAAAUCAGGUGACUCUAAAUGGCUCGAGGUUUCAAGCUCUUGUGUACGAUAUUUGUCGUAAAUCAGCUUGCGACGAUAAAUAUACGUCGUACGCGACAUACUCUUCCCGCGAAUUCUCCCCGCGUCUCCGUUGCAAGAGCCGACGAUCGCGGCGGUUUCUACAACGGCGACGACCUCGCCGAUUCUCGUCAUCACGGUAAGGGCUCGCGCGCCAACUUCGACCAAUACUAAUACUUGCGUGAUGAAGGCUGAUGACAAUCGAGUGCAUUCAAGAGAUAGGCAAUUGAGAGAAAUACGGAAAUCCAUAGAGAAAUGAAGAUAAGGGCAUUUUGACGAUCAGCGAAUAUAAAAUUGUGCUGGGACAUACAGAGAUUUAAAGUUGGUCCCGCGACGACUAAGGAAGACGUGGAAAAUCGAAGAGAGAAGGCGCAACGGGAAAGAAAAAGUAGUUAAACUCUGUAAUAAGUUACUUACCGUGCGCACGUCCAGGUGUGGCGUCCACUUUAAGAGUACGUAAAUAACAGAAAAGAAACAAAAAAAAUGAUAAGAUUGUGAGAAGAGGGUCCAAGAGAUAAUAAGGCUUACCGCGUGCCACGUCCGGGUUUCUUUUUGUCCGCCGGAAGGAGGAAAGAAAACUGGCUCGCAAGACACAUAACAUAUACAGGCAUACAUUUUAUCCACGAGCUGGCACGAAUCCUCUCGUGCGCGAUUCGUGCGUUGCUCGUCGCAACUUGAGAAAGGGCUUGGUAAAAAAAUGAGUAAACACGGGUUCCUUCGUAGGUGAGAGAGAAACCGUAGUACUCGGCGAUUUUACGAUUCUUUGUUACUUCUUCGUUCUUUUUUUCCUUCGCUAAUACGUUCUAUAUGAUAGCGUAUUGAUUAUCUGAUAGGUAUGGUUGGUUGAUAAGAAAAGAAAACGAUACGGUAAACAGCCUUGAGGGAAAAGAAACGAGAAGCAAAGGAAAUUGUUGCUCGUCCGCGCAAAAUAACGACUCAAUUGUACAUUUAAAACUGUAAUUCAUUUUAGAAAAUUCAUUUUAGAAGCCAAAUGAUCUUGAUCCCACAACAGUUUUGAAAAGACGAUUGUUUUUAAAGAUGUAGCAUACACGUUAUGCUAAUCUUUAUGAUUUUUUAGUUUUAACUAUUGAUGAAAAAUAAGGAAAGAAGGCGCAGUGCGAUAACGGCUUCUCUGUAAAAGAAAAGGAAAAAUUAAAAAAAAGAUGAAUACGAGACAUAUAGUUUUUAUAAUAAUUGUCAAUCAUUAAUAAUUACUAAACGACAAUAUCGCAUGUUGUGUACAGUUUCGUAAUAAUCCAUGUAAAAGAUACUUUUGUUCAGUUAUUAUAAUUAACAAUUAUAUUGUAAUUUUUGCUAUUAAUAUUAUUCGUAAUUAUUAUUAUUAUUGCUAUUGUUGUUAUUAUAUUAUUAUUCAAAUUGAUAAAGUACGCGUGAUGUCUGCAUACGUCGAGUACAUUGCAAGAACUCUCAAGUUGUUUUUUUCGAUGGAAUUUGCUACGGAAAUCCAUGGUGCCAAAUUUUUUAAUAUUUUAGCUUUUGACUAAUCUAUCGUACUCAGGAUAUCAUUGAAAAUUGUUCAUUUAAAUGUUGUGCAAAUAGAUGACAUAUCCAAUAUAUUGUCUACUGAAUGUGUUAUAUUUCACAUGUAUGUAUCACAACAAACGUAGUUUUUUCGAGAGUUUUUAUAAUAAAAGUAGUGCUAGAUGCAUCUUUUCUAAAUUAA